CUGUGAAGAUGCCACUGAGAGAGUUGUGGCACUUUUUUCAAGAGAAAAAAUAAUGCUUCACUCACUAAUUGUAAGAAGCCAUUGUAGUACUAGUUAGGACAUGAACAGUGGAAAUAAUCAAGAACUGAAAAUACAUUUUAUGAAAAAUGGGCUCCUCAAAAACCCAUCAUUAUGUCUUCAAUCCCAAGUUUAAAAAGUUAAAGACAUGAUGUGAUUGCCACCAUUACCUGUUUCUGUUUGUUUUUCUCUUAUUACUGAGUAUAUCAAAAUAUCAAAAAGCUUCAAUCUUUCUGCAAUCUCUCUGAAGAAUCUUUAAUUUCAGACCAGACCAACAAAAUCCCAGAUUGUUUUGGAGUGGGGCUUAGGUUUAGUCUUGCUGCACGUUGGAGCAACGCUACUAUGCUUAAGCAAAUCCUUGCAAAACUUCCUAGAAAAUCAUCGAAAUGUGAUUCGUUUGAUACAUCAGGAAGCAAUUCCUGCAACAACACCACGAACUCGGGAAAUGGAAUUCCGUUUACCAAUAGUUGCACUGUCAUAGCAACAAGGCUGAAUGUAGUGAAACGGAUGUCGACAGCGAUUUUUCCUACAAGUAUUGUUGCUGGUAAUGAGUCUGUGGCACCACACGUUCCCUUUAAAGAUGUUUCAAAUGGGGAGAAACAAAGCUUAUUCAUAAGCAAGUUGAAUCUCUGCUGUUCUAUUUACGAUUUCAAUGAUCCUGAUAAGGAUUUGACGGAGAAGGACUUGAAACGACAAGUUUUGCUUGAGCUGAAUGAUUUUGUCGCUUCAGGAUCCGCAAGAUUUACAGAAUCAGCAAUCGCUGCGGUCUGUAAAAUGUGUGCAGUUAACCUGUUCAGAACGUUUCCUCCUAAGUCAUAUCUCUCAGCUCGCAGUGAAAGUGAAGAUGAAGAACCGAUGUUUGAUCCAGCUUGGUGUCAUUUACAACUUGUGUAUGACUUAUUCCUUAGCGUCAUUAGUCAAAGCUCUCUUGACGCAAAAGUUGCUAAGAAACACGUAGACCAUUCUUUCAUUUUGAAAUUGCUUAACCUAUUUGAUUCUGAGGACCCAAGAGAAAGAGAAUGCUUGAAGUCGAUAUUGCAUCGUCUUUACGGGAAGUUUAUGAUGCACAGGCCUUCUAUCAGAAAGGCUGUAAGCAAUAUUUUUUAUCGUUUUGCUUUCGAGACCGAAAGGCAUAAUGGGAUUGCCGAGCUUCUAGAGGUUUUUGGAAGUGUAAUUAGUGGAUUUGCUUUACCAUUAAAGGAAGAGCACAGAUCGUUUUUCUCCAGGGCGUUGAUACCUCUGCACAAGCCGAAAUCUUUGGGUGUCUAUCAUCAACAGUUAGCAUAUUGUGUCGUACAGUUCAUAGAAAAGGAACAAAAUCUUGCUAGCGUAGCGAUAACGAGAUUGUUGAGGUAUUGGCCGGUGACAAGUAGCCAGAAACAGUUGAUGUUCAUCAGUGAGUUGGAAGAGCUUUUGGAAAUGAUCAGUGUUGCAGAAUUUGAGAAGAUCAUGGUGCCGUUGUUUCGUCGUAUAGGUUAUUGCCUUAACAGCUCCCAUUUCCAGGUGGCCGAAAGAGCACAUUUCUUGUGGAACAACGAUAACGUCCUUAACCUCGUGAUGCAUAACAGGCAUGUCAUCAUGCCAAUUAUUGUCUCAGCUUUAGAACGUAACAGCCAAAACCACUGGAAUAAAGCAGUUCUUAAUCUGACACAAAAUGUGAGGAAAGUCUUUUCCGAGAUGGAUGAAGAACUUGUACUCCACUGCCAAAGCAAACUCGAAGAAGAAAAUUCAAAGUCAAAUGUAGCAGCCGAGAGACGAAGGUUGACAUGGGAGCGCCUAGAAAUCGCUGCUAACUAUCAACCUGUUACCAUGCCUUCUAAUAUUUCCGGCCUGUCAGAUUGGAUUUUAGCUUCUUUUGCAUUUACCUUGUUGGAGGGGAACCUUGGAGCAACAGUGAAGUUAUCUCCGUGUGACCUAUAGGUCACGGGUUCGAGCCGUGGAAUCAGCCAUUGAUGCUUGCAUUAGGAUAGGCUGCCUAAAUCACACCCCUUAGGGGGCGGCCCUUCUCCGGAACAACGGUAAAGUUGUCUCUGUGUGACCCGUGGAAUCAGCCGCUAUACUUGCAUUAGGAUAGACUGCCUAAAUUACCCCUUGGGGUGCGGCGUGAAGGCGGGAUGCUUCGUGCACAGGAGUACCUUUUGCAUUUACCUUGUAAUAUAAUAUAGGCCAAUAUUCUAUUGAAUUCUUGACGGGAAAAUGAGGGGAGUACUCAUUAUCUAUUGCCAACUAAUCAGAUUCGUGUCGUAUAGGGCCUAUUAAAGGGAGACGCAUUUCCUAUCAGGAAUAUCUCUAUUUUCCGGUGUGGAACGCAAGACUUCUAGUUAAGGGUGGA